UAGUCUCUCGCGCACAAGGCAGGGUAAAGGACCUGCACUGUAAAAAUCUGUGCCAUACUGUCGGGGUUUACGCUCUUCACUGGGCUACUACGAGCUGGAGAGAAGACGCAUGCGUACUGAAUUGAAGCAUCCAGUUGGGGAGGAAAAAAGCCGUAUGUGCCAUCGGAUGUAAUCAAGGCAAAGAAUUACCUCUUCUCGCUGUGCAUACAUGGUGAAAUUUGGGCUUUUUAACAGAGCGGCAGUGUCUUUUCGGUGGCUGUCCAGGGCGAAGAAGCUCUACGGUUCUUCAUGGUGGCACUUUCCAUUGAUGUGUUGUGCGAGUUGCUAAUGCAAUGGUUUCUUUCUGUUAAAAAUAGUUCAGGACCCAUUACAUCACAGUGUCGAUCACAUUUCUGCUACGCCCAUGGGAUCAGAGCGGAUGGAGAUGCGAAAGAGGCAGAUGUCGGUGCAGCAGGAGUCGGCAGCGGGGGGAACUGCACCGGCCCAGCAGGGCCAGGCCAACCCACGGGGCUCAAAUGCAUGCUGCUUCUGCUGGUGCUGCUGCUGUAGCUGUUCCUGGAAUGAAGACCGGGAUGAAAGGAACCGAAAGGCUUCUUAUGACGUCAAGGAAGGGACCGCAGACUGUGAAGACUGCCCAAAGCCCACGCUGGAGGACGUGCGCUUGUGGGGGCAGUCGUUUGACAAGCUAAUGUGUUGCCCAGCGGGAAGGAACUCCUUCCGACAGUUUCUUCGCACCGAGUUCAGCGAGGAGAACAUGCUCUUCUGGUUAGCCUGUGAGGAGUUCAGCAAAGACCCCAACAAGAGUGCAGUGGAGGAGAGGGCUCGGGUCAUCUAUGAGGAUUACAUCUCCAUUCUCUCGCCUAAAGAGGUGAGCCUUGACUCCCGUGUGCGUGAGACGAUCAACAGGAACAUGCAGGAACCCAACUUGCACACGUUCGAAGAUGCCCAGUUGCAGAUCUACACACUAAUGCAAAGAGACUCGUAUCCCCGCUACAUGAACUCCGCAGACUACAAAAACCUGCUCAACACUCUCUCAGAGCAGUCCCCUGAAUCGUAGGGUGGUGAUGACCUGUCAUAUUUUAACUCUCUUUAUCCCCCCAUCCCUCCCCAUCCCUUUUUUUAAAUUUUUCUUUAUAUGUUCAGUGUAGGAUUACAUGAACCGGGCCUCUGGCCCAGCCCCUCCCAGGGAUCUCAGCGCUAUUGUGAUCUGCACCUGACCGAAGACACUCAGGUCUCAAAAUCUCCCGAGGGCUCGACAUCACAAGUACUGCUACUGAUCAACAUAGCAAAACACUCCAAAGGAAUAUGAAUACAUUUUGUUUCCGUUUUAUUCUUUUGAUAGAAAUAAUCUAUUUUAUUUGUGUUCAGUUUUUUAUGAUCUGUUGUUUUUUGUAUGAUUGUUUGGGGGGGAAAUGAUUCCUAUUGUAGACUAUAUAUAUUUAUGAGUUUGUAAAUAGUAAAAAUUGAAUUGUGGGUAUUUUAUGUAGAAAAAAAUGCCUGGUUCUAUUUACUGCGUAUGAAAAUCAAAGCUCAAGUCAAAGGCUACGUGUUAGCUCUACUUGCAGGCAGCUUUGUGGGGUACUGUAUGAUUUGACCUUGGUUUCACCCUGUUUUGUUACCUAGCCUCACACUUCGGUACCUUUGACCGCGACUUGGCAACUCCAGUUAGUGUAGAAACUGUGUGUGUUUUCAGAGAAGCAACAGGAAGUGACGAUAGCUCUUGUCACAGUGUGCAGUUUGUUUCCAUAAGCAACUGAAAUCAAGGAUUGAAGGGUAUUUGAACUUUCUUUACUAAAUAUAUACCCCAGAAGAUUACCUAUUCAAGACCAAAUUAUUUUACUUUAGUUACUAAAUGCACACCAUAGGUUUAAUAUAGUUCACAAGUGUGACAUAAGAACCAAAGUUAUUCAAUUUACCACAUAAAGUAUUUUUUAUUUAUUCAUAUCUAUUGCCAAUACAGAAAAAAACAUAAUACAGUAUAAGAACAAAUGAUAUUCCUAUGGUGGAAUAAACUAUACUAGACUAUACUACGCUAGAGUUAGAUGGGAGUGUUUAUACCUUUUUCAUAUCUGUUCACUAAAUGGAAAGCUACAUCCAGAGCCUGCUUAGCUUAGCAAAAAGAUUUAAAACGGGGAAACAGCUAGUCUGGCUUUGUAUAAAGGUAACAACAUCUACCCAUCAGCAGUUCUAUAAUAAUAUUUCAUUUGUUUUACAAAUAGCUGUUUCCCCGUUUCUAUUCUUUAUGCUAAGCUAAGCUAACCAGCUGCUAGUUGUAGCUUCUUAUUUAUUGUCCAGACAUGAAAGUGGAAUUAAAGUAAAGUAAAUCAUAGACGGGUAAAAAAAGUAUCAUUGAACUUUGCGACAUUUUUGACGUUAAUAAAUCUUACCUGCAAUACUAAAUUGACUUCUGAUUGAAAUUGAUGCUGGGGUCCGGCCAGGUCAGCAGCAGCACCAAAGCUACCAUAUAAACUGUGUUUAUACGUUUGAAGAGAGCAUUUCCAUUGACUAAAAUUGGAGUUGCCAAGUAUUAAAAAACUUUUAUAUAUUCUGAUAGUUUUAGUUGAAUUACUUUGUUGCCUCACAAACAUGUCACUCAAAGACAAGAUCCUCACGUGGGGAAGUGCCUUCACAUUCAAUUUUAUGACAUCUUUCUCAUGGGCAACAGAUGUUUUGAGACUCUUGCCCUAAGGGUGGUUACUGGAGCACGAGGCCAGUUUACUGGAAAGUGUCCCUCUCCUCGGCCAAAUUAUCGCAUGUGUUUUGUCUUGAUUUCUUAGUCGUGACUACAUCGGUCCAUUUUGGUAGCGCUACCAAACAGUAUGACGGAGCGUGAAGGAAACACAUUUUUUAUUUGCUCAAGACAAGAUCAUUGGAUAGGGCUGUUUGUCUGAACUUCUUGCCAACCUGUGUGCUUCAUGGUGGCACUUCUACUUGUCUUAGAGUUAACUUUAACUUACUAUGUGCAAUUUGAGCUGAUGGAUACACCACGCAGAUCAACCUCAAAACACAAUCUAAGCCAAUGGUUUGGAGUAAUGCCUAUACUUUAUUUCUUCUUCUGUUUACUAUAUGAAAUGUGUUAUUUUGCGCUGAGUUUACUGAAGAAUACAUUUUAAAAAAACAAUAAUGUGAAUGUUUACAGUAUAUGGUUUAGUUUUUUUCUGCUACUCUCCAAGAAAAUAAUGACUUGUGGGCAUUUUGACUGAGAUAAAAUAAAGCACAAUCAUUUUA